GUAGCAUACGUGAUUUUUUCUCUUAGCAUCACCUUUAGUCUGUAUUUGAAAUUGAAGUUUGAACAAAGCUUCUUACGUUUCGUUCUUUUGAACGCGAUAGAUUAAAUUUUGAUCUUAUUUCUGGUGAAUAUCAAGCGAUUAAGAAGUUUAAUCGAGUUGCUUCACAGAGAAGAGUCAUCUUUGCUGAUAAUUAAGUGUUAUCAUUCUUAAGUAAACAACACACAUCUGAUUUUGCAAUUCUCCACUUGUUAUUGUUUGGGUUGAAAACGAAAAUUUAAUUAAAGCUUAUUUUCUUAUUGCGUGCAUGAAAAUAUUUUCUCAUUCAACAUUUGGGGGGAAAACUUUCCAAAGAUUUCUGCUUUUGAAUGAGAAAUUUAAUUUAAAAGCUGUUUGCAUAAUGAAACUGAUAAGAAAAGCAACAGAGUGAAAAUUCAAUUAUCAAAAGUGUUGACGAGUAAUCAGUGAUUAUGUGUUACAUGCACGAUUUGUGACAAUUGUGAAAUAAUCAAACAUUACAAAAUAUUUUUUGCCGCAAGCUCUGUGAAUAAGAAUUUUUAUAGAAAGAAUGGAUAAAAGAAUCGAAGACGACAACGCAAAGUUGAACCUUCUUCGAAUAUCACUUGAGAAUGGAGCGAAAGGUUUGGGCGUCCGUUUGAGUAAAAGUUCAUGGGAUCCAUAUCCCUUUGUCAGUAAUGUUGACAAUGACUCGACCGCCUACGAAAAUGGAAUUAGAAUCGGAGAUUGUAUCUUAAAGGUUAACGGACGUGAUUGUUUGGGACGGCAAAUACAAGACAUAGCGAAACAGAUUCACAAUCGGACAGAUGAUGACAACAAUGAAGUUAAUUUACUGUUAUGGCGCUCGAAUAAUUCGCAACAGCAGGGUUAUCAACCGCAACUGCUUCACAAUUUGGUAUCAGAUUUAAUCAAUGUUUUUCAACUAAUGGAAUGUCCCAUUUGCAUGGAGAUACCAACAUCGCCAUCUCACACGUUUCAAUGCGUAAACGGUCAUAUAGUUUGUUCAAACUGUCGUCCAAAAACGCUUCGCUGCCCAAUGUGCCGUGUUCAAAUGGGACGAGGCCGUUGUCUCGUUGCUGAUAAAAUACUUCGAUAUUUACAAACCAAUAGCAUGAUAAGGAUCGGCACCAUUGGUGAUGUGGAAUCGCUUUCAUCGAAAAUUGAUGAGCAAAAGGGUCAAAAGGCAUCUGAUGUGAAGCCAGUGGAGAAUCAUAAAACGACUGAGAAUUUACAUGUCAAGCUCAAAUUGAAAACGAUCACAUUUUGGAAAGAUGCAUAAGAAUGGAAAAUAAAUAUC